AUGGAUCACAAGUCGAAUUCUCAAGAUAAACUCAAGGUUGAAAAAAAUCUGAAGGAAAACAUGGGAAGAAAACUAGAAUAUAAGCCUAGGGUUAUUUGCAGAUGCUCCCAUUAUAUACGAGUUUAUAAGCAUACUAUUCAAGAAAAACUCAUCUCAUAUCCCUUUUAUCGCAACCCUAAAUUGACACACAUCUUGCAGUCAACUCUGUCUGGUAAUGCACUUAUCUGUGUCAUUUCUACAAUCAACCCUACUGGCAUGAUUGUGUUACAUAGACGCAUGAAUUUAAAUCUGGAAGCAUAUCUUCCUGAUGAUAUGAUAAAAGAAUAUAUUAUGGGUGAUGCUGCAGCUCGUUGUGAAGAAGUCUUUGCUGCUCAAAUUGGCACUCAUAAAAACAAGAUUGGCAAAAUGACACUACAUGUCGAACAAUUGCAAGACAAAUUGAGUAUCAUGGAGUCCUUAAAUGCCAAAAAGAAAAAAAGAUCCUCAACGGGAAAAGCUUCAACAAUAAAUGAUAUAAAAGCAUUACAGCUUAAAUGCCCAAUGGCUGAAGAAAGUGAAGAUUCAGAACCUAACAAGACUGAAUCUUUAUUUGUUAAAAAAUUAGUAUUUCAACCAUCUAGGAGAGCUAGUUGGUCGCAAGUGCUGAAGAAAAAGCAACGCAGACUAAUGUCGACUUCAAAAUUUAAGUAUUUCAACCUUUCCAAAAGAAACCUGAAGUCUGUCAAGAUGAUGAAUAUACCCUCACAUAAUCCCCGGAAAAUGUACACAAAUGUAAUGGUUAUCAUAUCGGUCUUUGAAUCCGGUGAUCCGAGUUCGAUUCUCGUAUUUAAGAUUUUUUUUAGUGUCAGUAACAUGAAACAGUACAAGAGAGAGCCAAAGCUUUCAGAAUCUACCUAUCUCCAGGCAUUUAGCAAUGCUUUACAGGCUAUUUUAGAUGAUAAUCGUGUGAUAUUAAUAGCUGGUGAAACGGUGUCGGUCUCGACACAAAGAAUGCAAAUUAUUAAUGACAAUUUUGAUAAUUCUGAGCAUUCUUUUUGGCUUGAAAGAAUGUUCGACGACGACAUUUUAUUAUGCAAAAAAUUCAAUUCGAGUAUCCACUCAAUUUUCACACAACCAAAGGUUUUAAUUUGUGAAUUUCACCUUGGAUGGCAUAUUUUGAAUUCUCUUACGGCGAUACUACUUACGGAAGACGAAUUGACAUCCUCGUUGCGUGCGAUUUUGAGACAGGCAAUGAUGAUACAUGAAAACUGCCUUGUAGGACACAAGAUUGGGAGCUUCAGUUUGAUAGGCUCUCUAGUAGAGUUGAAGCAACUUAGAAAGAGUGUUAAAAGCCUGUAUGCCUGGAAAGAGUUGGAGGUGGAUCUCAGCAACACAAUUGCAUUAUCUUAUGUUGACCAAUCUUACAAGUAUGAUCUUGUCGAAGUCAGCGAUUAUGCCUCAAAUAGUCUCGCUAGAUCACCAAAUAGAAAGUUGACAACUAUGUAG